ACUUUUAAUCUUAAGGUUAUGUUUCAUACUAUACAUAUAUAUUAUGCUGAAAUUUAAAAUGUAAGUAGUUUAAAUCAAUGGUACUUCAGACUAGCAGAAAAUCGUACGUUUCAGGAAAUACAAAAAAGCUUAGAUAGCUUCUUCCAGUUCAAACUAGUAUUAGGUAGCUUCAAGUUUGACUAGGAUCUGGAUUUUUUUACAAAUGAUAUGUGGCCUACUAAUCAAAAUAGUUGGAAGAACUAACAAAGUUGAAGUAAAAGUGGAAAUUUUAAGUAAAAGUUAAAAUUUUAAGGCAGUUUUUCUACUGAAGUGAUGUAUAAAUAAACAGAUUGCAUAGGUAGCCCAGCUACCAGCAAAAUCCUGUGAUAGGAUUUUUAUUUUUAUUUUUUUAAUUUAGAUUUUGGGUUUGGUCUUCCGAAGUAAAAAGUACCUUAGCUGGGUGAGGAAUGAAAAUCCUGGGAGAACAGUAGAAAAACCUGAAACAUAAAAUUUAUAGUUUGUGAAAUUAAAUUGACUGGAGAAAUAUUGCCUGUUUGUAUUGAAGGAAAUGCCCUUCUAUAGAAGGAAUAUUCCUUCUGUUGAGGAAAUAUCUUCCCUUGACAUUAUACCCUUAGCCUCUGUACACCAUAACAACCUAUUUUGUAGACUUUUUGAUAAAUUAAAGCCAUUUCUAUUAAAAAACAAACAAACAAACACGAGUUUAACGCUGGAGCAGGAGGCCAGGCCCGCCCCGCCCCGCGGGUCCCGCCCCUGAGGGCCCCAUGGCCGGUGGGGGGCGUUACUGCGCCUCGCUCCGUGCGGCCCGCCCGGCUUCCCGCCUUUUCCUCGGGGUGGGAGUCUCUGAGGCGGCGCCUGGUCCCCUCAGCUUGUCGCUGUCGCCUCCGAGGCGGCGGAGGGAGCCUGAGGGCUGCCGGAGGUGCUGGUGCUGGCAGGGUAGGAAGAAAAUCUCAUUAUGGCACCAUCAGGAAGAAAACAUGGAGGAAAAGCAGGUAAACCGGCACAGGACGAUGAAGCCAUACCUGCCUAUGACUUUCAGGAAGAAAGAAAAGAGCUGAGUGGAUCAGAGGAUGAUAUUAGAGAAGGUGAAACACCAGUAAUGGACAAGCAUGGGAAGAAAAGACCGUUGGCAGCUACUCAUGUUGUUCCAGAUGAUGUGGGGGGCGAAGUACAGAAUAUGCUGGAAAGAUUUGGAGCUGACAUUAACAAGGCUCUCUUAGCUAAGAGGAAGAGAUUAGAGAUGUAUACGAAAGCCUCGCUCAAAACCAGUAACCAGAAGGUUGAACACGUUUGGAAAACACAGCAGGAGCAAAGGCAGAAGCUCAAUCACGAGUUCUCCCAGCAGUUCCUGACUUUAUUCCAGCAAUGGGAUGUCGAUGUGCAGAAAGCAGAGGAGCAGGAAGAAAAGCUAGUGAAUAUGUUUCGUCAGCAACAAAAAGUUUUUCAACAGGCAAGAAUACUUCAGAGUCAGAGACUGAAAAGCAUUAAGCAACUCUAUGAGCAAUUUUCAAAGAGCAUGGAAGAGCUGGAGAAGAGCAAUGAAAAUCUUCUAGCUGGUGCUCAAAGUGAACUUCGCAAAGAAAUGGCUCUCUUGCAGAAGAAGAUUAUGAUGGACACCCAACAGCAGGAGAUGGCAACCGUUCGCAAGUCUCUUCAGUCCAUGUUAUUCUGAUGGCUCAAUGGAGAAACAACUUGUACCUAAGUAACACGAUACAAGUAUAGGCAUUAGCCAUAGGGAAGUAUGUUAAGAUUUAAAUGUUUUAAAGUUCCUACUAAACGCUUUCAUGGAUUGUUCUUAAUCUUGUGUCUGACAGUGUGUAAGAAAGUAUAUUAUUAAAUUUUUUACUUUGGAGGGGAG